AACACACACCAACAGCACCAACACAAACAAAGCGCGUAUAGAAAGAAAUUUUUUUCCAACGUUCAUAAUUUGCGUGGAGCUGGGGAGCUGUCGAAGCUGCAAGAAAACAAGACAAAAACAAAGAAAAAACGGCGAAUAUUGUGAAGAAAUUUGUAAUAAAAAAAAUUCGCAAAAAUAAGUGAACAGUUCAACCAGCAGCAGAAGAAGAAGAAGAAGCAACAGCAGCAUGUCCAGCUUGCCACGUCGCAUCAUCAAGGAGACACAACGUCUGAUGCAGGAACCGGUGCCGGGCAUUAAUGCGAUACCCGAUGAGAAUAAUGCCCGAUAUUUCCAUGUGAUUGUCACCGGACCGAAUGAUUCUCCCUUCGAGGGCGGGGUCUUUAAGCUGGAACUCUUUCUGCCCGAGGAUUAUCCGAUGUCGGCGCCCAAGGUGCGUUUCAUCACAAAGAUCUAUCAUCCGAAUAUCGAUCGCUUGGGUCGCAUCUGUCUCGAUGUGCUCAAGGAUAAGUGGAGUCCAGCUCUCCAGAUUCGAACCAUUUUGCUCUCCAUCCAGGCGCUGUUGAGUGCCCCAAAUCCCGAUGAUCCGCUGGCCAACGAUGUCGCCGAAUUGUGGAAGGUCAACGAGGCCGAGGCCAUUCGCAAUGCCCGUGAAUGGACCCAAAAGUAUGCGGUCGAAGACUGAAUUUUGAAAUGGGAGAGACGACGAUGAAGUGGAGAGGAAGUAGAGGGGGAUACUAGGGAAGGGGACAGGGGGUAUUGAAACGAAUGUGAAACAUCAAGAAAUUGAUUUAAUCGUAUUAUAUAUAUAUAUACUUUAGUUUUUUUUUUUUUUUUGCUGGGCGGGUUUAAAUGAUUGUAAGCGAAAAGUAUACUGAACUCAGAUGCAUUGUUUUAUACAGGCAACCCAACAACAACAAUAAUAAUAAUAACAAACAUUUAUAAUAAACGUAA